GGCGGAGGGGCGGGCUCGGCGGCGGCGGCGGCGGCCCUUCCGCGGGCCUGCGGCUCCGGCGUCCCCGCAGAGCGCCCGGCAAUAAAGAAUGCUGACAGAAGAACCAUUUUCCUAAUUUUCAAAUUGUUGAACCAGUUGCCAUGAUGGAAUCUCUAGAUGAUCAGCAGGCUUUGAACUCAAUCAUGCAAGAUCUGGCUGUCCUUCACAAGGCAAGUCGGCCAGCACUAUCCUUACAGGAAACCAGAAAGGCAAAAUCUUCAUCACCAAAAAAACAGAAUGAUGUCCGGGUCAAAUUUGAACACAGAGGAGAAAAAAGAAUCCUUCAGUUCCCCAGACCAGUUAAACUGGAAGAUCUGAGGUCUAAAGCUAAAAUUGCCUUUGGACAGUCUAUGGAUCUACAUUAUACCAAUAACGAGUUGGUAAUUCCACUAACUACCCAAGAUGACUUGGAUAAAGCUGUGGAACUGUUGGAUCGUAGUAUUCAUAUGAAGAGCCUCAAAAUAUUGCUUGUAAUAAAUGGUAAUGCACAGGCUACUACUGUAGAACCAUUAACAUCACUAGAAGAUUUGGAUAACACAGUAUUUGGAGCAGAAAGGAAAAAACGACUGUCUGUGAUAGGUUCCACUAGUAGAGACAGAAGCUCCCCUCCCCCAGGAUACAUUCCAGAUGAAUUACACCAGGUUGCCCGGAACGGGUCAUUCACUAGCAUCAACAGUGAAGGAGAGUUCAUUCCAGAGAGCAUGGACCAAAUGCUGGAUCCAUUAUCUUUAAGCAGUCCUGAAAAUUCUGGCUCAGGAAGUUGUCCAUCACUUGAUAGUCCUUUGGAUGGAGAGAGCUAUCCAAAGUCACGAAUGCCUAGGGCACAGAGCUAUCCAGAUAAUCAUCAGGAAUUUUCAGAUUAUGAUAACCCUAUCUUUGAGAAAUUUGGAAAAGGAGGAACAUAUCCAAGAAGGUAUCAUAUUUCAUAUCACCACCAAGAGUAUAAUGAUGGUCGUAAAACUUUUCCAAGAGCCAGAAGGACCCAGGGGACCAGCUUUCGGUCUCCUGUGAGUUUCAGUCCUACUGAUCACUCCUUAAGUACCAGUAGUGGAAGCAGUAUCUUUACCCCGGAGUAUGAUGAUAGUCGAAUAAGAAGAAGGGGAAGUGAUAUAGAGAAUCCUACCUUGACUGUGAUGGACAUCAGCCCACCCAGCCGUUCACCUCGAGCUCCAACUAACUGGAGAUUGGGCAAACUGCUUGGCCAAGGAGCCUUUGGCAGGGUCUACCUCUGUUAUGAUGUUGAUACCGGAAGAGAAUUGGCUGUUAAGCAAGUUCAAUUUGACCCCGAGAGCCCUGAGACCAGCAAGGAAGUAAAUGCACUUGAAUGUGAAAUUCAGCUGUUGAAAAACCUGCUGCAUGAGCGAAUUGUUCAGUAUUAUGGCUGUUUGAGGGAUCCCCAGGAAAAAACACUUUCCAUAUUUAUGGAAUAUAUGCCAGGGGGUUCAAUUAAGGACCAAUUGAAAGCGUAUGGAGCUCUUACUGAGAAUGUGACAAGGAAAUAUACCCGUCAAAUUUUAGAGGGUGUCCACUAUUUGCACAGUAAUAUGAUUGUCCAUAGAGACAUCAAAGGUGCAAAUAUCCUGCGAGAUUCAACAGGCAAUGUCAAACUGGGAGAUUUUGGGGCCAGCAAACGGCUUCAAACCAUCUGUCUGUCGGGGACAGGAAUGAAGUCUGUCACAGGCACACCAUACUGGAUGAGCCCUGAAGUAAUCAGUGGAGAAGGCUAUGGUAGAAAAGCAGAUAUCUGGAGUGUAGCAUGUACUGUGGUAGAGAUGUUAACUGAAAAGCCACCGUGGGCUGAAUUUGAAGCGAUGGCCGCCAUCUUUAAAAUCGCCACUCAGCCAACAAACCCAAAGCUGCCACCUCAUGUCUCAGACUAUACUCGAGAUUUCCUCAAACGGAUUUUUGUAGAGGUCAAACUGAGACCUUCAGCUGAUGAACUUUUAAGGCACAUGUUUGUGCAUUAUCACUAGCAGCCAGUAACCUUUCCUGUGCCUCUACCCGGCUCCCAUCUGUGCAUUCACCUUCUCUCUGACUGCACUUUUCUGUUUUAUAAAAAAAAGAGAGAUGGGGAGAAAAAAGACAAGAGGGAAAGUAUUUCUCUUGAUUAUUGGUUAAAUUUGUUUAAUAAUUAUAGUAACCUAAAUUUUUUAUAUUUAAUCUUUUUUUCCUUACAAGAACUUGAAACUUUUUUUUUAAGUUUGUAUAAUGUACUGAUGUGGUUCAGAGAGAUAAAGCACUUUAGUACAUAGUCACUCUUUUUAGUAUACACAAAUCAUUUGGAAUACAUAAAGAUUGUAGAGUCUUUCCCUGUUAUCACUGACGUCUUAGUGGUGUUGGAGAGAUAUGGGAAACAGAGAAGAAAAUAAUGUGUCAUUUGUAGUUUUUAGUCCUAGUAUUUAAUAUAGAUCCUCAAUUGUAGGGUUGAACCCUAAACUUGACUUUAGGGUAGGUACUCAACUUAAAGAAUAUAGGUUUCUUCUUACAUCUGUAUUCUUUAGAUCCUAACCUCUGUCUACCAAGCUUUUUGCUCAGUAGGAAUUGUGAUAGAAGAAUCUGUAAGAGGUAUGUUUAUUUGUUAGUCCUAACCAGUAUAAUAAGCAAAUACACUAUAGUAGAUCUAUGGUACUGGAAUCCAUAAACCUUGAGGGAUAACUUUCUGCUUAUGAGAAAAAGAUAUUUUAUUUUAAAGAAAUAUGGGAAUUCAGUGAGCAACAAACUCAAGUAAAUGACAAAAGGAGAGUGCUCUCGUUAAAUGUAUGAGCAAUAGAUGAGACCAUAUUUGUCAUUCAACAGAAAUAAUGAGGAAGAAAAAAAAGGACUGAAUAUUGGUUAGUAUAUUUUAAACUGUAUUCUUUACUUGAGGGGGAAAGUCCCAAAAUUAAGGAGAUAGAGAACUAUUCACAAUCAUGUGUACCAUCUUUCUGUUUCUAGCUCCUGAUUCCCCAUAGAUAGCAUUAUUUAGGAACUAUAAGUUCAAUUCAGAGUACCCGUAUGUGAAAGCUAGUGUCCUGAGCCAAAACCUCUGUUCUUGGGGUCACAGAGGAAUAAAGCCCCUCAAAAAAAAAAAAAAAAAAAAAAAGAAAGAAAGAAAAAAGACAAACAGAUAUCAUUGGAAACAGUGCGGUUGUUAUUAGUGGAGUGGGGAUAAUUUACUUGGCCUCUUGCAAUGCCUGGAGACUGGGAGGAUACUCCUGGUAUCCAGAGGGUAGAGGCCAGGGAUGCUGCUCACCUGUCAUACACCAAGACAGUGCCCCUGAACCCCAAAGUAUUGUCCUGCCCAAAACUGCCAAGGUUAGGAACCCUGAUGUAAAGACGAGUCCCAGGUAUGAACUGAAAACUGCCACUUACAGAGCAGUAAAUGCAAAACAGAUUUUAAGGAGAAGGUGACACAAUGUGAAAUGAGGAUUUUCUGUGAACUGAUACCCCUACUUUUAGAUCAAGGGUGAAUGAUCUCAACAGAAAGCAAAUCCCAGUCACUUCCUUACCAGCUGUACAUAGCAUCCAGAGCAGCAAGGCUUCCAUUUUAGAAACAAAAUGAAUUUGAGCACUGAGCCAUUUGAACUCAGCCAUUUGUGGAUCUAAUCUCUGUAGAAGUCAGUAAAUAAUUGGAGCAAAUGAAAGCCUAUCAAAAUUAAUGUUAGCUACUAUCAGGACAGUUUAAAAACUGCCAGGUAUUUCUAAUGUAAUGUAUCUUCUAAGAGCAAGAACAUUUAGUGGAAUGAGACGGCUGGGAAAGGUCGUGCUGUCUAAUGAGUUUGUGCUAACUGAAAAAUAUGAUCAGUAAUUUGGCUACUUGCAGUUUUUUCCAGCAAAUUAAAGCAAAUGCUGUUAAGUAUUUUAUUUUUAGAGGUCUGGAAAAUAAUAGUCUUCCUGGGGGCAUUAAAUGUGUGGUUCCUUUCAUGGGAUUCAUAAGGGACUAAGGUAUUCUUAUUCUCUGCCAAAAGGUAUGCUACUAGGGAAUCUUGAAGGUAGAUCUUGUUUUCCUGUAUCACGAUCCUAUCUGGCAUUCCCUGGAGGAAUAUUUGAAAUCCUGCUAUUGAUCUGAGAAGUCAAAGCACAAAUUAGAUGUUAAUGCUUUUCCCAUAAUCUUAAAAUCAAAGGAAGCAGCUUACAAGGAAGAACAAGAAUUAGGUGCCUCCUGCCUUGGUCAAUCAACUGCUAAACCUGUGCUAGAAACAGAAUCUCGCAGUUUGUGGACCUUUUGUGAUUUCUUUCUGUUCCUGAGGAAGGGCAUCGUUUCUACUUGAGCAAGAUCAUGGUGUCUGGACCAGUGGGCUUUUCCUUCAUUUCUUUGUCUUGUGUGGUUGUGAUUUCCCUUUGGCUCAUUUUUGGUCUGUCAGGGUAACCAGCAGUGCAGAAUAGCAGACAAAUGCUCCUUAGAGUGAAUCUGGGGAGGCUGUGGAACCCAAAGCAAAGUUGUUUGCUUUUUCAGUCUCCUUUUUCUUUUCUAAGUGCUAUUGAAGAGAAAAGGCACCUGAGGAGAAACUACUACUUUAACACUGCUGCAGAAAACUGUUGCUUUAUAAGAAAAAUAUUAGCUAUGGGAAAGUAAUGUUCUUUAUGUAAAGACUUAAAAAUAGACUGAUAGUUUACAGAGUUAUUAUAUAAAGUAUGAAUUUAUUUCAAACAAGUUGUGAAGGUACCAAAAACCACAAUAAAAGUUAAUAUAUAUAUAAAAAUGAGUUACUCAGAACAAAAAAGCCUGAAGGUGGGAGGAAGGCAUGGAAGACCAAAAGUAAAUAAACUUUUGAUAGGAAACACCUUUAUCAGGGGAAAUUAAAUAUAACACUCCAGUUUUUUCUUUUUAAUAAUGGUGUGGAUAACAGAUGAAAUUUGAACUUUUUAAGAUGACUCUAAAUGUAUUUUGUUUUUUAAGUGCACAGCUGAUUUCUUCUAUACUGUAAUGUUUCUUUGCUGAGGCUGGAAAAUGGCCAGACUGCUGACUUUGUGCCUUUAAAAUGCAUUCUGCUUUGACAGUGGCAGACUUUUUGGUGCUGGAGAAGAUUUACUAGCAGUCUUACAUAAGCUUUUCAGGAAAUAUCUUUCUACUUAGGCCUUGAGAGACUCCAAGUGGCAUGACUUAGGCUUGGACCAAACAUAAGACCUUUUACAUUGCAAAUAAAAUAUAUUGAAUAAAAGAGUUGAAAAUUAUCCUAAUGAGUAGUGGAAAUUUUGAUGGGUUGGCACUUCUUUAAAAGGUAUUAAAAAGCAUACAGACUGAUUUCAGUUUGAACACCUUGAAAAUUGUCAGCACUUUUCUUAAUUUACAAAACAGGUUUCUAUCUUAAAAUGACUUUUCCCUUCAAAAAAAUUUAAAAGGCACAGUCACCCUUACAUACUGUAUAUAAAGAUUAAAAUAUUAAUACAUACACUGAGCUAUAAAAGAGAAAUUAAAGCUUUGAUUGAAUUGAAUUGACUUAAAUUGAAUUGACUUUCACUUGAGAGAGUCUUUACCUUAUUCCCAAUAGCAAUUACAUUAAAAAAAAAAAAAAAAAAAAAAGAGGCAAAGCUAUUUCUUUAGAGUAGCUUCCUGCUCUUCCAGCUCUUACAUAGCUCUGGUCUGUGCUGUAGUAUUUCUGAGAUAGAGUUGUAAGAUAUGUAAAGUCACUGAGAGAGUCAAAUCUGGAUAGUUUGGUAGGAUGACCAAGCCAGAAACUGACUCUUUGGCUGGCCUAUGGCUGAGUUCUGUGCCGGUGAUUUCAUCUGAAGUCUAGGAACCAGUCAGUAACUUCAUAUGAAAUCAUCUGAUGUCAGUUGAGUAUACAAAUCUGUCUGUUCUUUAAAAAUAGGGAGAAUUUUUUAAUUUAAUUAUUCAGUAGUUGUGACUAUGUCAGGUACUAAAUUGACAUCCUUCAAGGAGGUUCGGUCUAGGAGGAACAUGGAUGGAGAUGGUUACUUGUUUUAUGGUAUACUCUAACACUGACUAUUCAGCAAGGGUUUCAAGUGUUACCAUUAUUUGGAAAUAAGGAGAAAACAAUUUUAUGUUAACGAUGGGCUGUUGUACAAUGAAAUGUCAUUAACGACAGGGGUUAGAGUAAAAGUAUCCUCCAGCUGGAGGGACCCACCCACCCCAGAUUAGGUAGUCUGUCUCAGGACCUCUACUCACAGCCUCCACCCAAACAGUUCCAGUAAUGGGGUAGUCCAUAACACAGGGGCGGGAGAGAUGGUGGUGGUUAUUUUUCCUAGCUGUCUCUUUAAAAAAAAAAAAAAAAAGUCUUUAGGUCUAAAUUGUGAAAACACCCAAAACAUUUGAUGAGAACUGAACUCUGUCAGUGUUAUUUGUGCUAAGAUCAGGAUAAUUUCUUGAGACCAUGUUAUUUUUAUCAUUAAGUUUGAUCUUUGUUACAAAUGUAAUGUUCAUAUUUAUUUGAACUUUAAGAUUGGUCGAAUGUCAAUGAAAGCAAUUUAAUUACUUAUUUUUAGUAGUGCCUUUCUCUCUGUAUGCCUUAAUUUUAUUUUAUAUUAAUAAUUCAAGUUACCCACCAAAAUGAAGAUUUUUUCCAAAAUCAGCAGACUUCGAGAGUUCCUUUGGCCUUAGACUGUGUAUUAGCCCUUACACAUUUCUUAAUGGCCUGCUCCUCCUCUUCCUCCUUCUACCUCCUUUUUUGUUGUUGUUCUGUUUAGGAGAGAAAUAUUAGCAUUUUUCUGUGAUUGGCACUGCAUUCUCCACUAGACAUGAAUUCCUAAGCAUAGAAAGAGGUAUUGUCAUUCUUCAAGAGACAUAGUAAAUUGUUUUCUUGGUUGAUUACUUGAGUUUCAGUGACAUUAGCACCUCCAUGUUCUUUGUAUAUCAUGAUUCAGUUACCAUGUUCACGCAAACUAGAGUGGUUGUUUUUGCCCUAAAGAGAUCAUUUACGUAGUUUACAGCUGUUGAAGCAGUGAGAAUUGGGCAGUCAGCAAGAAGUCCAGCGAUAACAAAUUCUAAUCCUUGCUUUAUAAAUAACAUUUUGACUGAUACUCUAGCUCACCUUUUCUCUGAAGAGUGUGUGUGUGUGUGUUUGAAGUUGGGGCAGUGGUGGGAAGAAAGGAAAGUUGAGAGUUUUCAGUUAGCUCAAUCUCUGUUCUUCGAAGAACAACUCAAAAAUGUGUGCCCUCCUGAUAAUGGAUGAAUGUUCUCAUCCUCAAGUGGGAACAUCAGUACAUUUUCCACCACUAGCUAGUACAAAUGAUUGUUUAAUAAAGGUAUUUAGUGUAGAUUGCCAAGCUCUUGGUUGCUAAAAGUAGAUUAAAAUUUUGUGUGAGUGUGUGUGUGUGUGUGUUUCUAUUACUUAAAUAUAAAGUAAUUGAUCUUACAUAGUUCUUUAUGAAGUUUUUGGAAUAGAAAUUCUGCAAGAUAUUAUCAAAACCAGAUUCCUUGGCUUACUAGUUUUUCAAAAGGAUAUUGUCUUAUACCUCUUUUUGGUUGGCUGGGGAAGGUGUGCUGUGAAGUCACCAUUCCUGCUUCACAGUCGUCUUUAGCUUUGCUUUGACUCCUGCCAUGAUCUGCACAGGAUGCCCUACCAGACGUGGGAAGUAUCAGGGCCACCCAUCUCUCUCUAUUCACCUGUCAGCUGUAGAUGGUAACGAGCUCUCAAGUAGAGUGAUCAUGGUUGAGCUUCAGAAAAGUGAGAGAGUAGUCAUAGCUGUAGUAACAAAGAGAAUAAAUUUUAUCUGUUCAUAUCAUUCUUAUGUGUUUGUAUUUUUCAUAAUUGCAUUUUAAUUGAUAGUCAUACAGCAUUUUUAUUACAGGCAGCAAAGGCAUUCAAUCAGCAAAUACUAUUCCUUCUGCCUGAUGACUUCUUGUUUGUAUAACAGUCUGUAUUAUCAGAAUCACUUUAAACCAAAGCUUUUAUAUUUCCUGCACACAUAGCCAAAAUGAUUAGCACUGUUACAUCUGCCCAUUUCUAAGCUAACAUAAAAAUGGUAAGGCAGGUACUAAUAGAAUUUUAUCUCAGUCUAUCCUUCAAGAAAAGGACAGGUGCUCAGUGUUUGCAUUUAGACAUGCAGAAUGCUUCUAUUAAGGAACUAUAUAGACAUUACGAAUUUAAGCUGUACACGUGCCAAUCUAUUAACGUCACCUGAUCGUAGAUGCAUAUAGAUAUACCUUGAUGUCUGAUGCCUCAGGUUGGUGGCGUACUUUCUUCUAGUGUCUUAACAUUUAUGAACUUGUGCUUGACUUGAGGGGCAUUUCAGCAAAGCUGUGAAGAAAAGUAGGUUAUAGACCAACAAUCUGCCUUGUGCCAUAGAUCUUUUGGAACAUAAGAAAGUGUCUGCUCUCCAUUAUACUGCAGAAUUUGUCCUCAAAUAAGGAUUUCUGAAUCCCUUAAUGCCAGUUGAGAACAGUCAAGUUCAUGAUUAUCCUGAAAGCACUUUUGUGUUCCUUUAUUUAUAUGUUUUGGGGGAUUUAUUUUUAAAAGCAUAUGUAACUAGUGAUGAUCUUAGCAUUACUAGAAGGGAAGAGAUAAAUAACAAAGGUACAUCUUUAAACUCUAUUAAAUUCUUAGAUUCCAAAAUAGAUUUGACAUAUUCUCAUUUUUCCAAAGACUUUUCUUCCACCUAAAAUAAGAAGACAGAACUAAUAGAAACAUUUGAGCUGGAAAGGCUUAUGGGCAAAAGAAAGUCAGCUAAACCCUUGCAAUAUACCCUUUUUAAUUAAAAGUGCAGUAUCUAAGAACAAGAAUGCUUCUUUAAAAAUAAUUGUUUUAAUACAAUUGUAAUUAGUAAGUAAAAGGUUUACACUUUUUCUAUUGCUGUUGGUUUUAAAGUUUGCUACCCUGCAAAGUUAAUACCAAAAAUACUUUUAAUGUCUGACAUCUCUUACAUUUCACGUGGUUCUUUUUAUUCAUUGUAAAUAAAAGCAAACUUGGAUAAAUUUGAAGAUAAACUUUUAAUUAUUACAACCAUGAUUAUCGAUUUGUAAAUUUACCCUUUGACUUAAUGUACAUUUUUUAAUGUAACCAUUAAAUUCUCUAUAUUUAAUCUAUUAAUUUCUCUGUAAAAGUUUUUAAUCUCAGUUGAAUGCUGGGCAGUUUAUAAUUAUGUACAAAGGUUUUUUUUUUCAUAUUAAGGUUGACUUUUUGCACAUUUUUGGAAAUGUUUAAUUUGUACACUGAUUUCCUAUUCUGACCAAUAAUUGUUGAUGAGUGUAUGAGCAUCAUGAAUGCGUGCAUUGAACUACUGUCUGUGUCUCUGUGUUUUAACUUCUUUCAAGAUGUAGCCAUCAGUUACUGCACUGCUAUUACUGACUUACAUGAACAUUCUUGCUUCUACAAAGUAUACUUAUCUAUGGUUCUGUAUUUGUUGAAGAACUCAGGAGUUCAACAUUACUUUCUAAUUUUAUAAUGUAUUCUGAAAUCCAUUACUAAGUUGAAAGUAUGCUUUGUGAUUCUGUGUAUCAGGGGCUGUGUGUUUGUGUGGAGAUGUCUUUUUCUGUGUCUAGGCACAUGUAUAUAUCCCAGUAAGUUCUUACUUUAAUUUCAUUUCUACAUUUUUAUGAACUUGUUUUAUAAGGGUACUAUUUAGUUAGGAUAAUUAAAUAUAUAUAAAAGCUUUCUGAGAGAUUAUUUACUAUAUGAAUAUAUUUUCAGCUGGCUGAUCAAAAUAUUUUUUUAGUUUUGUUUUUAACCAUUCAAAAUGUAUUUGUAUUUCCAGAAUUGGACACACAUUGUACUUAAGAGCCCAAUCAAAAUAUGCUUGCAAAGAGAAGCAGUGAAUUCUCUUGAGAAUUCUGGGAAAUGCAAGUUAAGAGAAAAAAAUAGAUUUUGAGUAGUAUCAAAAACAAUGUCCUCUAAAAUGGCCUUUGAAUUCUCAGUGCUGUUAAAAAUGCAAGAAACUAAAUUGUCUUCAAGACUUGUCAAGAUUUUUAUAUCUCCAGUUGCCAUUGGCCUGUCCUGUUGGUUUGUUAAUAUUUCCUUUAUUCUGCCCCCGAAGGAUUUCAGCUUUGUUUUUUCCCCUACUGGGCAAGGUCAGACUGGGUUUACAAAACAAUAUACAUUGACAGAUUGUGAAUCUCUGUAAUUGACUAUAAAUUGGCUUAGAAAUGUCCAAAUAUAUAUUGUUGUGUCUUUAUACUGUACUGUGCGUUUUAAGUAACUGCCAGAAAAAUAAUUGGAAAUAGAAAUUUCCAAUUGACAUUGUUAUUGUAUUAAAAAAAAAAAAAAACAACAACACAAACCUUGCUUUCAAUAUGCGGUGCCACAUAAAGUUACUUGUGUUAGGAAUAAAGUCCACUGUUGAAGUUGAGUGUCACUAAGCUUGUUAUGUUAAAAGGAACCGGUGUGAUUAGAACCUACCAGAAGCCAGAUAUAGUGUGGUAUGUGCCACAUUUCAUGCACAUUUUGACUUUGUGUUGUUUAUUCAAAAUUGUGCUUGUAAAAAUGUAUAAAAUUUCUGAGUUUUAUAAUUUCUGUGUACUUGUUUUUUUUUCUUGCUGGUAAAUAGCCUUUAAAAAAAUCUAAUAUAAAAGAAACCAUGUUUAUAUUUUGUUUAGUGAUCAAUGACUUUGUUUAUAUGGAAAUUUGUAUAUUGUUGGCAUACAUCUUUGUUUAGAUUUUUUGUGCAUGAAGGCCUGCAAUAAUUAGCACAAUGAAAAUUGCUUUUUAUUACAUGUUAGUUCAUUUUUCUUUUUUUUGAAAGAUUGUGGUGCAAAGGCUUACUCUGAGUAACCUUCUGGACUAUGGAAUGAACAUAAAUGAUUGGCACUUUGAGUGUUAAUAAAACUGAUAUUUAUUUCCACUGUGA